GAUAAAAAAUUAUACACAUAUUAAAAAGAAGUAUAAAAAUUAUGACCCUGUACUAAAAUCGUAUAGCAAAUCCACUCUUAAAAGACAAAUACAGUGAUUCUAUACUCGCAAGCGAAGACAAAUUGCAAUUGAAAUCACUUUUUCGAAGUAACAUUCAGUGCUGCAACCAGUUACGUCCUCUCAAAGACUGAUUUUGUGAUUUAGUGUAAAAACAAACGAAAAUAAAAAAAAAACAAAAUUUGUAAGAAAAAAAUUAUUGAAACAGAACGUGAGUGAGUCAAUUAAAUAAAAUAUAUAACUGCAAUUAUAUCUCAAACAUGAAAAUUUCAUAUGCCUUGUGUCAGUGAAACCCUCAAAUGGAGUGCAAACCAGCGAUCACUUUAGUCGUUUUAUUUUCAGUUCUAUUUCCGUUUUAUUUGUGUUUUCCUUCUUAUUGUAUUUUCUUGUCGCGCUCGUUUGUAUUUUAUUUUACGCGUAAAAAUGUUGUUAGCAAUGCGUCGUGAGAGUGAACACCACCACGCCGCAGCCACAGCAACAGUACCUCCAACAGCCGCAACCGCUGCCGUCACUGCCGUCCCCUCGGCGUCAGCAUCAGCACCAGCCAGUAGUGCAUUGGCCACCACAAAUGGUCUAGUAGUGCCCAGUGUUAGUUCAGCACUUCAGCUGUCACCCAGCCUGAGUAUCGCCGCAAACGCAACGUCUUGUACAUCACAACACCAUCAUCUGCAACAACAGCAACAGCAACAGCUAGAGCUUCAACAACACGCACAACAAUUGCAACAGCAACACCAACAACAACAAGUAGACUCGUUAAAUACACCCACGACACCGUUGCUAAACUUAGGACGUAGUCCUUUGCAAUUCCCGCCGCCACCACCGCCACCGAUUUCGGUGCAGACUGGCCCACAAUUCGGCUUCUAUACACCUAAUACGGGUGCGGCCACUUACUUGCAUCCGCAUUAUCCGCACCCGUCAACGGUACCAACGUCCGCCGGCACUUCAUUGGUGUCUGUCAACUCCGGAAGCGCAUCUUUGGCGAAUGGCUCGCAGCGAUCCAGCUCAACUCAGUCGACGGAAUUAGACGAAUACGUUGACAUUUUACAAGUACAGCAAUUGUUGUUGGACUCAUCAGCGUCAGCUAGUCAACAAGCAUUAGCAGCAACAGCUAUUGGCAGCAACACAAACAACACAACUGCCACGCCGAGUCCACAACAGAGUUUGCCAAAACCACGACCACGUUUGAAUUUGCAAAAGGCCUCAGAAUACGCUGCUCAAGUGCAAGCGGAGUCUCCAUCUUCCCGUCGCAUGCUCCUCGAUUAUCCCAGUCCAUAUUUGUACGGCAAUCAUUACCAUUCGUCGCCCAGUGAGGACCUCGUUGCCCUCUGGUUCGGCAGCAAUGGCUCAGGUGAGUCGCUGUCAUUUUUCAUUGAUGAAGCUUUCGUCUAUCUGCAUGGCACUGACAUCGUCGGCAGCCGGAGUAUUGCCUCAGCCACAGCCACAACGAAGGCAGCGGCGACCAUCUAUGCCACAUAG